UAUUUUCUACCAAGAGCUGAAACAUAAUAUUAUUUAUCAGUUUAUCACGGUCUAUUGGAUUUGUGCUUGGGAAUCUAUAUAAUAUAUAUAGGUUAUAUAAUUUACCAAUUACCAAUUUCUGAGAUAUUACUAAUAUAGACAUUUUGAAUACUAUUCUUUGAUUUCAAUUUUCAACGUUUUUACAAUCAUGUUCUCAAAUUUUAAGAAAACAACGAUGGUGGCAAAAAUAAUCAAGAGAACACUGAUCACAACUAAUAGUAAGUACCUAGUUUACAAAACUUAUUGCAAUAUUUUUAAAUAACAUUUCACAACCUUUUGUAAUUAAGGUAAACAAAGAAUUUUUAAAGUACAAGAUCAAGAAGACUUCAAUAAGCAUGUUCUCAACAGUAAAGAGCCAGUAGUAAUUGAUUUUUUCGCAACGUAUGUACUUAUAAAUAAUUAAUAACAAUAUAUAGAAUAACUUUGAAUUACAAAUAGGUAUAAUUUAUAUUAUCUAGAAUCGCAGCUAAAUAAGUUUUGUCUUAAUUAAACAAAAUAAAUCAUCAAAUUGUUUUAUAUGAAACUCUCUUUGGAUUAUGUGUGUACAAAUUGUGAAUAUUCGAUAGGAAGAUUUUAAUAUAUUAUUUCUAUUAAAAAAACUAUAAACAUGCCAGUGUUUUUGGGCGUCUUAUACCCAGUUGCUAUGCUUUUUCUAUAGGAGAGUGUUAGUAACUAGACUACUAUUGGUAAGAAGUUAGGAUAUACAUGGUAAUUUAGUUUAUAAACCUACAGAUGCAACAAUAAAUUAUUGUUAAUCAAAAGCGAUUUUAAGCAACAUUUUUUGAUAAAUUUAAAUUUAAAAUUUCAUUAAUUUGUAACUACAACAAAAAUUAAAACAAAAACUGUAUUAUUCAUUUGAACUUAAAACACUGAUUAAAAUAAAUUACAGACUUCAUCUGAUUGACCUCUGUUGUAUGUGAGCAGUUUUAGGAAAAUAGGAUGUUGAGGGGAAUUUAAUCUAUAUCUGUAUGCAUCGAUUAAUAUUUGCUAAAGAAAAAUGAUUCUGAUCGAAAUUCAGUUAAUAUUGCUGCUUUGUGUAAAUAUAAGUUUUCUGUCCAAAUUUCAAGUCUUCAUGAAUUUGAAUUGAAUUACUAUAAGAAAACAAAAUUGAAAAUAAUAAAAACAUUAUUUUUAUAAUUUUUCCCAAUUAUUAUGAGAACUGCUUGGAAAAUCAAAAAAAAUAAUUACCUUAAAGUAUCAACUAGAUAAAAUUUCCUCUCAGGAAAUCUGUUGUACUUGAUAAAUCAGAGUAAGAUUUCUGGUAAACAUUUUGUUUACAGUAUAUAUAAAAAAAAAAAAAAAAAAAUAAAAAACAAUAAAUAAACAUCAUUAUCAAACCAAUAAAUUUCUUGCUUCGUUCAGAAUUUAAAAUGUAAUGAAUACAUUAUUUUAUAAUUAUUACUUUGAAAUCAAUAAAUUAUAGGUAUUUUGUCUAAACAGUAGAGCAUUUACAGCACAUACUAGAGAUUGAUAAAGUGUAUAGCUGUUGAUGACCUUCUAUGUUAUUGUGCUAUUUUGGCCAUGGCUAGCAUAGAAUACUCUAUGCCCGGCAGAAAUUGUUUUGAUUAUUUAGGUAAAAAUAUAGGUCUAUUAUAAUCAGAAUUAUAAUAGUAUUGUGUAGAGAAAUAUUUUUUUUAAUAACUUUUACUAGUUUUAGAUUCCGAGUCUAUUGAUUUUACUACUAUAUGUUUAUUUUAUUUUUUUCAUUUUUUCUGCGUGUAAAAAACUUUUCUCCUAAAAAUCUUGCUCCAAUCAAAAUAUGACAAAAAACAUUUUUCUUUUCAUUUUGGCUCUAGUUGGAAAAGUCAUUUUUUGAAAUUCUCAUUGAUAUUUAAUGUACUGUAAAAAACUGGUUCUUUAGGUAAAAAAAUAUUGAAAAUAAGGUUGUCAUUGGUAACCGUUUUUUUAAAAUUUUUUUGGUAUUAACUUUUUAUAAUUUAAAUUUUUUUAAAUCGUCAUGAUAAUGCACAAUGUCAAAAAACCAACAUUGUUAACUGAGCUCUGCUCAGAAUCGUUUUUUGUUAUAAAUUGAUAUAAAUUAAAUUCUUCUCUAUAUCCUACCUUCUCAACUUCCUACCUAGGGCACCCGUCCCUAGUAUCAACUCUUUUUUUGAUAUUUGUUCUAAAGGAUAAUUAAAAUGUAGAUAUAGGUAUUUAAUGGAAAUAUUUACUUACCAACAUUAACAUAUUAACUUUUUUCUACAUAUAUAUUUAGAUAUUAAUAUCUAAUAAUAGUUUAAAUUAUAAUACAAUAAUUAUUUUAAUUUUUGUUAUUUUAGAUGGUGUGGUCCUUGUAAAGUGCUCCUGCCUAGACUUGAAAAAGUGAUAGAAGAAUAUAAUGGGGAAAUUAAUCUCGCUAAAGUUGAUAUUGAUGAUAAUGUCGACAUCGCUAUGGAUUAUGGUGUAAAUAAACUAUAAAAAUUUCUUACUAGAUUAACAUUAGCAUGACUUAAUAUUACAACCACCAAUUAUGUGCCAGUUAACACUUUUAUUGACCGUACAAAUAUUCCGGUUAUGCUUACUGGCCAAUAUUGACUAAUUAACGAAAUGAGACUGAACAUAAAAUUGGCUAUUAAUAUUUUCUUUGUGAUUAUUAGUAGGGACUAUUUUCUUAUCAAAAUCAAAACGAAAACAUUAAAAAUUAAAAUUUAUAGACUAUCUAUUUAUUUUCUGCAAAAUUAUUGUAUACAUAUUAUUCAUUAUUUAUUAAAGUAUCUGCCUACUAUCGACAUCAAGAUGAAUGUAUUUGAUAAUGUUAUGGGUUAUUAAGACAUUGACAAAUGAAGUAGAAAUAAUUUUGUGUAAUUUGCACUUCUAGUAGCUUUCCUUAGGCGUUCAGUACUUAUUUGCGGCCAUUUUUAAGUAUGGAAAAAUAAUACAUUUUUUCAGAGAUUUUGCUUAAAAAAAUAUACAGCUCAGUAAACGAUAUGUAAAAACAUAUAAAUCCAUUCUUUAAUAAUAACACAUAUUACAUAAUAAAAUCACAAUUUUAAAAAUUAAAGGUACCCACCGUGUUUAUCAAGGUUUAAUUUGUUUUUUAGAUUACUGUAGUACCUGAAUUAAUUGCAAUGAAGAAUGGUAAAGUUCAGGGAAAAAUUAUUGGAUUACAAGAUGAAGAUAAAUUAAAAACGUUUGUAUCCAAACUGGUUGAAGCAAAAACAGAAUAAAAAUUGUUCUCAUUGUAAUUUUAAUUAAUAUCAAAAUGUUAGGUAAAUUUAUUAGAUUUUAUGUUGUUAAUUUAUUAUUUGUUAUUCCAUAAUUUAAAAUUUCAAUUUUUAAUGUUGAAUCUUUAUUUUUAUUAAUAAUAUUAUUAUUUCUAUGUGGCUUCAACAUUAAUUUUUUUUAUUUCAAUAGCUGUUGCUUUAAUUUCUAUUUUGUCUUUUUACCUUUCCCAUUUAAAAUGAUCAACAUAAUCUUAUAUGUGUUAAUUAAACUGUUAAAUGGAUUUAUGGUUUUAAUAAUGUUUUAGUUAUUCAAUAUUUCAACAUAAAAUAUUACAGACUAAUAAUUAAAUGAUUUAAUCAAUAAAACAAAUAAUUAGAUACUAAACAAACAUUUGAAUGAUAGUCCUAGCUCGUUGGUAUUUGUUUUCCUGUGCCAAAUUUAAUUCUUGAUGUUCAUCUGAAGCUGAAGAUUCGGUGACAAUGGUAUUGGCAUUUUGAAGAAUUAAAUUACGACUUUGACCAUUAAUAGUUUGAAGAUAUUCUACUAAAAUGUCAAAAUGUUCUUUGGGUAUCUAAA